CUAUAGAAAAUAACUUAAAAACCCAAAUCCCUCACCGUUCGUUCUUAUCCAACAACAACAACCAUCUUCGUCUCUCUCACAGAUCCAAACGAGUUUUUUUUCUCAUGAAAUUCGGAAAAGAGUUUCGAACCCACCUCGAAGAAACCUUACCAGAGUGGAGAGACAAGUUCCUCUGCUACAAACCCUUGAAGAAGCUUCUCAAGUACUACCCUUACCCUCCCCCCGCCGACGAUUCUUCUAAUUCCGAUCAGAUCGACUCUCGUCAGGUCUUUGCCGACACAACCAACUUAUCUUCCGCGGAAGACGACGGUGUAAGGGCCGCGGAGGAUCUCCAGGGCUCGUUCGUGAGGAUAUUGAAUGAGGAGCUUGACAAGUUUAACGACUUUUACGUUGAUAAAGAAGAAGACUUUGUCAUCAGAUUACAGGAGCUGAAGGAAAGAAUCGAGAAGAUUAAGGAGAAGAACUGCAAGAAUGGGGAGUUCGCAUCAGAAAGCGAGUUCAGUGAAGAGAUGAUGGAUAUUCGCAGAGACCUUGUCAGUAUUCAUGGCGAGAUGGUGCUCCUUAAAAACUACAGCUCCCUAAACUUUGCAGGACUUGUCAAAAUUUUGAAGAAGUACGAUAAGAGGACAGGAGGACUUCUUCGUUUGCCUUUCACACAGGUGGUUCUCCAUCAACCCUUCUUCACUACUGAGCCACUUACCAGGUUGGUCCGUGAAUGUGAGGCCAAUCUUGAGCUUCUCUUCCCAUCAGAAGCCGAAGUUGUGGAGUCUUCUUCCAACGCAGUCUCAACCUCGCAUCAAAACAACUCACCAAGGAUCUCUGCUCAGACUUCUUCAACUCUUGGAGAUGAAAAUCUUGAUAUAUACAGGAGCACACUCGCUGCAAUGAGAGCAAUAAGAGGGUUGCAAAAGGCCAGCUCGACCUACAAUCCUCUAUCAUUCUCUUCGCUUCUCAAGAACGAGGAUGAUGAGACGGUGACAGCUGAGAACUCUCCUAACUCUGAGAAUCUGCAGAGCAAAGAUGAAUCAGAGAAGGAAGACGAUGGACCUUCCCCUUGAUUUAGAAGAGGACCAUGCCUCCUUGUGAUCAAGAUUUUGCUUCUUCUUAUCACCCUGACGUGUCCUAAAGUAUAUUAACACAUUUCAACACCUGUCCUGAUCCCUGUUUAGGUUCUUUACAUUUUGCAGCUCACAGCCUUUGUAAUGCUUUCGAAUUGUAGAAGAACAGCACUUUAUAAGAUCUUCAAUAAUUUUGUUCUUCA